AUGUCAAAAUAUGGAUUUACUAAAAUAGAAAGAGAUAUUAAAAAAGCAAUACCAAAUCCAAAUUCACCAACUCCACAAUUAAUAACUGAUUUACCUUCAACCCCUUUAUCACAAUUUACUUUAAAUUAUGUUAAAGAAAAAUUACCAAUAAAAGUUUUAAAUCAUUCUAUUAGAGUUUAUUUAUAUUCAAUUGCUGUAAUAAAAGAUCAAUUUCCUGAAUGGGAAUUAGAUUCAGAAAUUAUAUUUAUUACAAGUUUAUUACAUGAUAUUGGAACAACUGAUGAUAAUAUGAUUGCAACAAAAAUGUCAUUUGAAUUUUUUGGAGGUAUAAUUUCAAGAGAUUUAAUUUUAGAACAAACUAAAAAUCAAGAUUAUGCAGAUGCUGUUAGUGAAGCAAUUAUAAGACAUCAAGAUUUAGGUGAAUCUGGUUAUAUAACAACUUUAGGUUUAAUAUUACAAAUUAGUACAAUUUUAGAUAAUGUUGGAUUAAAUAUUGAAUUAAUUCAUAAAGAUACUUUAGAUGUAAUAAAUAAAAAAUAUAAUAGAGAGGGUUGGUUAAAUUGUUUUGCAGGAGCAAUUGAUAAUGAAAAUAAAUUAAAACCAUGGGGUCAUACAAGUUCUUUAGGAGUACCUGAUUUUAAAAAUGAUGUUUUAAAUAAUAAAGUUAAAUAUGAAAAAUUAUAA